AAGUUCGUCUGUUGCACUGAAGACGUAGAAGACGUCCCUUCUACUUCUCUCCGUGAGAUCGACAUCUUAUCAUCGUGUCACCACCCGAACAUCAUCGGCUUCAGAGAAUUCAUCAUCGAUGCUGCCCUCCACUCCGUUUUCAUCGUCAUGGACCAGGCAGUCACAGACCUCAGGACUCACUUGAUUUUAGCGCCGGGGGACUUGAACGAAGCCAAGGUGAAGAAACUCAUGCUCCAACUUCUUCUAGGAGUUGCUUAUCUUCACUCUCAUGGGAUUCUCCACCGUGAUUUGAAACCCGGAAACCUCCUCUUGACCGGCGCCGGUGACAUGCAGCAGCUUAAGAUAUGUGACUUCGGCCUCGGCAAACGUUUUCAGUAUCUUUAUUACGAAGAAGGAACGGAAUAUGAUUUGUUAUCUCAGACUGUGGUUACGCAGUGGUACCGAUCGCCGGAGCUUCUUCUUGGAGAUGAGAAGUAUACCGCGGCGAUUGAUGUUUGGUCGGUGGGUUGUAUUAUGGCGGAGAUGGUGACGGGGAAGCCGUUGUUUCCUGCGAACUCGAAGAUUGAUCAGCUUGAUAUGAUUUUCAUGGUGAUGGGUACGGUUGGGUUGAAGUCAUGGCCGGGAUUGGAUCAGUUGGUUAUGGCUCCCUAUUUUUUGGGUGGCCCGACGAGGUAUAACACUCUCCGGUCGAGAGUGCCGGCGACGAAGCUAUCGAAGGCAGGGUAUGAUCUGUUGAAGAAGCUAUUGGAGGUGAAUCCAAGGAAGAGGAUUAGUGCAGAGGUUGCUCUCAACCAUGCAUGGUUCAGUGAUCUUUUCAUCCAUGUAACUUAA